UGAUUCCUGGCGCCAUAACUUAUUACAUCGCUGGACUUCACAAAGGAUUUGAACACUUCUUCUACUUUGCUUGUGUGUUAUUUGCUUGCAUGAUGCUGGUUGAGAGCCUGAUGAUGAUAGUUGCUAGCAUUGUGCCCAACUUCCUCAUGGGAAUAAUCGCCGGUGCUGGAAUUCAAGGGCUUAUGAUUCUGUGCGGCGGUUUCUUCCGACUACCAAACGAUAUUCCCAAGCCUAUGUGGAAGUUCCCAUUGUACUACAUUGCGUUCCACAAGUAUGCAUACCAAGGACUGUUUAAAAAUGAAUUCAUAGGCACAACAUUUCCUAGCAGUGAUCAAGGAGGAAAAACAUCCAGUCUCAGUGGGGAACAUAUUCUGAGAGAUAUAUGGCAAGUCGAAAUGGGUUACUCUAAGUGGGUUGAUCUUGCAAUCUUGGUAGGGAUGAUUCUUCUGUAUCGAGUUUUGUUCUUGGUUAUCAUAAAGGCCACAGAGAAAGUGAAGACUAUUACAACUCUUUUUGCAAUGCCUCUCAAUAAGCGAAGCAUGCAAGUAUUGGUCAAUCCGUCCUCUACGCCUAUGCAUGGAGGGGAAUCUGUAGUGGUAGUAUAG